AUGCCACUGAUGCCGCAACCUACCUUGAUGCCUUUACUACAAUCUCCUUCCCCUCAACAUCAACAUCAACAGCAGCAACAACAUCGCGCGAUCGGCUAUCCACAGCGAACACUCUUGCCACAACAGAAGCAGCCACAGCAACAACAGCCGUUGGCCUACCUGACAAGCAACUUCAACCCCCAGCAGUCGUCUGUGGCCUCGUUCAACUCCAGUCCGGCAUUCACCACCAUCAGCGAUUUCGACCAAGACUUCGACCAGGACUACAGCAACUGUCCUAGUUUGACUGCAUCGCCCGUGUCGACGUACUCGCUUCCUGCGUACUCCUCCACCUCGCAGCAGGGCUCGUCUUUGUCUGCCUUUGACAGCAUACCCAACACCACCACAGUCCCCCGCGCCGCUCAAGGCGCUGCUGAACCUUUGUUCAACCUUUGGGCCGAUCCGAUGCAAACGGAAACCUGGCUACAGCCCGCCGACCAACUGACAUCCAAGUCGGCUGGUCGCUAUGGUCACCAUCGCGAGUCCUCCCUUUCCUCACUUGGCUCAGCUGGUCCGGCAUCUCCUUACUCGAACAACACGUCUAAUCCGCAGAUUGCCGUAACAGACUUCAACGAUUUCAGCGGGUUCGAGGAUCUGAACUACCACUUGGUUCCCUCCAAGGCGUCGGCCACUCUUCAUCCUAGCUUUCCCGGCUAUGCCAACUCGAAUGCAGUGCCUAUCAAUGGCUACUCGCGUGCCCCUGCUGUGUCCAAGCAGAAUAACAACAAGUCUUUCCGGCAAGAGCAGUCCGUUGGUUCAAACAAGCCUCGGCCUGCGCCGGUGGCGAGUUCCAUCAUGAGUGACUCAUCUGCCACACCAGCAGGUGAGGCCGAGGUUGCUGGACGGCAAAAGAAUGCUAUCAACAACAACGCUCCACCCAAGUUUGAUCGAACUUUGACUGAUAUUAUGAACGACGAGCUGUACCACCCAGAUCUGGUCAUUACAACCUCUGCUCCGGCACCACAGCAGACUCUGACCACAAGUAACAACAACUUUAACAAAGUGGUCGAGACCGCGAACCAGCACUUGAGCGCGAUGCAGUCUCCUGCGUCGAGUAACAGCUCGCCGUUCCGUCAGGGAUCUCCACAUUCUGCCACUCUCCACGACUUCUCCUCUUUGAACAUGGCUUCACCGCAGGUUCGAUUAGGCUCAGCGCAGCAGAUGCGGGAAAACAGUAAAGCUGUACAGGAUGCCGCCUGGCAACAGUCGUUGGCGAGACACAAUCAGGACAUGACACCCAAGACCAUCUCGCCCAAGGACGCCUUGCUGGACUACCACGAGCCGGAAGGCGAAUCCAACUUUCCCCUUUUCCCUCAGCCGGAUAACCACGGCUUCAACUCGGAUGCGAUGAGCAAGGCACUUUCGCAUCAGUCGCUUGAUGGGCUGCCAAAUCUGGGUGAUAUGUCCACUUUCAACUUCAACUUCAGCCCGUCGAACCUCGACUCUAUGCCAACUUUCAAUGGUCUCCAGCAGCUUCCUCAGACUUUGCAGCAAUAUUCUUUCGUUAACCAACCCCGACAGCCCAGCACUGUGCCGUCACUGGCGACAUCAAGAAUGAGCUCCGCGGAAACUGGUAUCACAGACUCCCCUCGGAGCAACGCGGUCCAGCGACCGGUAGAUACCCGUGCUGAGGGUGGAACUUAUACGUGUACCUAUCACGGCUGUCCUCUACGCUUCGACACGCCUCAGCUUCUCCAGAAGCACAAGAGAGAGGGUCACCGUCAAGCACACGGGCUAAAUUCGAGGCAACCCAACGGCAUGACUUCGACUAGGGUGGACACUCAAGCUGGUCCCCACCGUUGUGAGCGGAUCAACCCAAGCACCGGCAAGCCGUGCAACCAGAUCUUUUCCCGACCCUACGAUCUUACCCGUCAUGAGGACACGAUCCACAAUGCACGCAAGAAGAAGGUCCGUUGCGAGAUUUGCACGGAUGAGAAGACAUUCAGCCGUGCGGAUGCGCUCACACGACAUUUCCGGGUGUGCCACCCAGACGUCCCAUUCAAUGGUGGAAAGCAGCGUAAGGCUCGGGCGGGCCGCAGCGGUUGA